GAGGGCGGAAGUGGCGUCAAUGGCCGUGGUGGGGGGAAAGAGGAAAAGAAGGGUUGGUGCUUUUGGCGUGCGGGGCGCUGGAGGGACGGGAGGAUGGUGCUGAUCAAAGAGUUCCGGGUAGUGUUGCCUUGCUCUGUGGAGGAGUAUCAGGUGGGGCAGUUAUUCUCUGUGGCUGAAGCCAGCAAGAACAACACUGGUGGUGGUGAAGGCAUCGAGGUGCUCAAAAAUGAACCCUACGAGCGUGAGGGGGAGCGGGGGCAGUUCACCCACAAGAUCUAUCAUCUCCAGAGCAAAGUUCCUGGAUUCAUUAAGAUGUUUGCCCCUGAGGGGUCCCUAGUUGUUCAUGAGAGAGCCUGGAACGCCUAUCCCUAUUGUCGAACGGUUAUUACGAAUGAAUACAUGAAGGACGAUUUCUUCAUCAAAAUUGAAACAUGGCACAAACCAGAUUUAGGUGACCAAGACAAUGUCCACAGUCUCGAUGCCGAAACCUGGAAAGAUGUUGAGGUUGUCCGUAUAGACAUUGGUGAUCGGACGCAAGUGUCAGAUGACGAUUACAAGCCAGAUGAAGAUCCAGCUCUUUUCAAAUCACUAAAGACAGGCAGAGGGCCCCUUGGCCCUGAUUGGAAGAGAGAACUAGCCAAUAAUGAAGAUUGCCCCCACAUGUGUGCCUACAAACUUGUGACUGUGAAGUUCCGCUGGUGGGGCCUUCAGGGUCGAGUGGAAAAAUUUAUCCAGAAGCAAGAAAGACGCCUCUUUACCAACUUCCACAGGCAGCUAUUUUGCUGGUUGGAUAAGUGGGUGGAUUUAAGCAUGGCUGACAUCCGACGGAUGGAGGAAGAGACACAGAGGGAGCUUGAUGAGAUACGCCAGAAGGGCACUGUGAGAGGAAUGACUGCCGGAGAUGAAUGAGCAACCCCUUCUGCCUGGGCCAAGAAGUAACAAGGUGCAGUGCCCUUUCUGACCUGAGAUUGGACCUGUCUUUGUGGGACUCUGCUUUCUCUCCCCUUCCCACCUUGGGGGGGGGGAGAUGGGUUCCCAUUCUUUUCCAUCCUCUUGGUCUGAAAAUAUUCAAAACUGCCCCUGCUUUGGCCGGCCAUGGGGUACCCCAGGAAACUGCCGCUUGCUUCUUACUGAUCAUGGAUUAAUAGGCGCCUGCACCGCACAACGAGUGGGGCCUAAAAGGGGGAGGCAAGGACCUUCCCGGGGUGGGGUGGGGGGAGUCUCUCUUCUUUUCACCCUGCAGGGGCAGGGGUGCAUGUCUAUUAAUAACAUUAAUAUUAAUAUUAUUUGGAAUUGUAUUUUGGUUGGGGGUGGGGGGGUUUCUAUAGGCAGGAGCAAUGGAAGAUCAGGAAUAUCGUAUUGGGGGACGGGGGCAGAAGAGAGAGAACAAGUAAAACUUUUCAUUUUAGGACUAUAAUUUGGCCUUCACUGUGGAGCUGGAAUUAUCUUUUGAAGAGGCACGUGAAAACUUUGCUUCACUACCAAAACCGCAUGCAUCUUCUGGGAUCCUAGAAGGCCAUGACAGUACCAGUUUCAUUCUUGGUUCCUCCUGUGCCGUAUAUAGUACGGUUAAAACGUGCCACUAAACUGACUCAUCAUUAUAGGCAGCAAAAUUCCCUUGCCCUAUUUCCAGCGAUGGCUUGAAAUAUAUGGCUAACAUUUUAGGGCCUCUUUCCUCACCCUUCUUUUUUUCCUUUUUAAACAGCACUGGACUCCUCUACUCCUAGGGGUUUGUUUUUGUUUUUUUAAAAAAAUCUUUUCCCUGCCCCCUCAUAUCCUAGUCGUGGGCUGGUGGGAGGGCAGGUAGUUUUCCCCAUUUGGGAGAGUCGCUCAGAAACAUUUCAGCCACCCUUGGGGACUUAGGUUGAGCAGGAGGGCAGGGAUAUUAAGGCCCAAUAGUGCAUUACUAAGAAUCUGAACAGUAUUUUUUUUAAACAAGAAAAAAACAAAUCUUUUUUUAAAAAAGUAAAACAAUAAAUAAACUUGAAGUUGA